CCCGUCAUCCCUGCCUGCUUUCGUUCGCUAGCGGGCUUCGUUUCCGACCGUCUUGUUUUCCCGCCUUUUUCUCACUGCAUCUCCGGCUUUCACCUCUCCACGCUCCGUCGGUCGCUCUCUUUCUUCUGCCAGCUCCCCGCUGAGCUCUCCCCGCAAAUAUGGCAGCUUCGUCCGUCAGCCAAACCUCGGCUCUACUGCUGCUUCCACCCCCACCAUCUGCUUCAUUUGAACACUUCCAACAGGUUUACGAAUCCGUUCUCUCCACAGUCUGCUCCCGACUCGUGCAGAAUCUACAAGACACCCACCGAACGGCUAUCCUGGAUAUUGUGCUGGCUCUGCCUGGUCUGCAAUCGUCAUCCUCUCAACCUCGGUCUCGGAUCUUUGGAAGCCUUCAAUCUUGCUUGGCCAACCUAUAUCGACUGCUAGGAGUCAUUUCCGUGGAACGAGGUAUUGAGCUGGACGUGUCCGGAGGCAUCGAUGCGCGAGUAGUGUUCCUCGACUUCGACUCGAUUCACCGACCGACCGAACAAUCGCGCGAGGGCUCCUCUAUUGGCCCAAUCGUUGAUCUGCGGACGCUGGCCGAGUCGGCACGUCUGUGGGAUUGGGUUUUCUUCCCGGAUAACCACGUAGGCCAGACGCUGGCGACGGAUUUCAGUAGUAUCUAUUCCCAGGCCAAGGAUCCCAAUGCCGGCGACGUACAUCCUAUUCCCGGGGCGCCCGAUUGGACACCCUUCGAUUCCUUGUCAGCGUCAGAGGAUACCUCCGAACCCAAGGCACAUUACUCGGUUGUUGUGGGUGGUACUUUCGACCAUUUCCACAUCGGACACAAGUUUCUACUCACUGCCACGGCGCUGGUGUUGCAACCCCUCCGGGACUCGGGGCCAGCCGAAGGAUCGAUCACGGUGGGAGUGACGGGGGACGAGUUAUUAGUGAAGAAAAAGUAUGCCGCAUUCCUGGAGAGCUUCGACGACCGAUGUAAGAGCGUGGCGGACUUCCUCUCGGCCAUCAUGGAGUUUGGUCCCCCAGAUAGUACGGCGGGGGUCCAGCAAGUGAGCCAGCCAGGCCCCUUUGGAAAGUAUAUGCUGGUGAAGGUUCGGCCCGGUUUGACAUUGCGCCUGGUCCAGAUCACCGACGUAUUUGGGCCUACCAUCACCGAGGAGAGCAUUAGCGCCCUUGUGGUUUCCAAGGAGACUCGCGCGGGAGGUGCGAGCAUCAAUCAGGAGCGCACCAAAAAGGGCUGGCACGGCCUGGAGGUGUUUGAGAUCGAUGUGCUCCUCAUGGGCGGCGUGCCCGCUCAGGACGUCGAGGACUUUGCCUCCAAACUAAGCAGCACCGAGAUGCGCCGGCGCCGGAUGGAGAUGGCCAAGAAAUGACAUGACUAGAUUAAUCCAUGAUUUAUUGAAACUAGACGCGGGAAGCUGCUGG